UCUCCUCACUAGUUACUGCGUCGACUCUUAGCUGUCGGAGAAAGUAACAGCCGUUGCUAUCGGGGGCGAGAAACAUAACGUUUGAAUUUUUUUUCAUUCUUAUAGCAGCUCUUAACGCUCCUCCUCUACAGUAAACAUGCGUGAGUGCAUCUCCAUCCAUGUGGGUCAAGCUGGUGUCCAGAUUGGCAAUGCAUGCUGGGAGCUCUACUGCCUGGAGCAUGGGAUCCAGCCAGAUGGACAGAUGCCCAGUGACAAGACCAUUGGGGGAGGUGAUGAUUCCUUCAACACCUUCUUCAGUGAGACGGGAGCUGGAAAGCACGUCCCCAGGGCUGUCUUUGUCGACCUGGAGCCCACAGUGAUUGAUGAGGUGCGCACUGGGACGUAUCGCCAGCUGUUCCACCCCGAGCAGCUCAUCACUGGCAAGGAAGAUGCUGCCAACAACUAUGCCCGUGGCCAUUACACCAUUGGCAAAGAAAUCAUCGACUUGGUUCUGGACAGGAUCCGCAAGCUGGCUGACCAGUGCACAGGCUUGCAGGGGUUCCUGGUCUUCCACAGCUUUGGAGGUGGUACCGGGUCUGGUUUCACCUCCUUGCUGAUGGAACGCCUGUCUGUGGACUAUGGCAAGAAGUCCAAGCUGGAGUUCUCCAUAUAUCCAGCUCCACAAGUGUCCACAGCUGUGGUAGAGCCCUACAACUCCAUCCUGACCACCCACACAACCCUGGAGCACUCUGACUGUGCCUUCAUGGUUGAUAACGAGGCCAUUUAUGACAUCUGCCGCAGGAAUCUUGAUAUUGAGCGUCCGACUUACACCAACCUUAAUAGGCUGAUCAGCCAAAUAGUGUCCUCCAUUACGGCUUCUCUGCGAUUCGAUGGUGCGCUCAAUGUCGAUCUGACCGAGUUCCAAACCAACUUGGUGCCGUAUCCUCGAAUCCACUUCCCUCUGGCUACGUAUGCCCCGGUUAUCUCUGCAGAGAAGGCCUAUCAUGAGCAGCUGUCUGUAGCUGAGAUCACAAAUGCCUGUUUUGAGCCAGCAAAUCAGAUGGUUAAAUGUGAUCCCCGCCAUGGCAAGUACAUGGCCUGCUGCCUGCUCUACCGUGGUGAUGUGGUACCCAAAGAUGUAAAUGCUGCCAUUGCCACCAUCAAGACCAAGCGCACGAUCCAGUUUGUAGACUGGUGUCCCACUGGUUUCAAAGUUGGCAUCAACUACCAGCCCCCUACUGUGGUUCCAGGUGGAGACUUGGCCAAGGUUCAGAGGGCUGUGUGCAUGCUGAGUAACACCACUGCUAUUGCUGAGGCUUGGGCUCGCCUGGAUCAUAAGUUUGAUCUGAUGUAUGCCAAGCGAGCCUUUGUGCACUGGUACGUGGGUGAGGGUAUGGAGGAGGGUGAGUUCUCUGAGGCCAGAGAGGACAUGGCUGCUCUGGAGAAAGAUUAUGAGGAAGUAGGUGUAGACUCCAUUGAAGGUGAAGGAGAGGAGGAGGGAGAGGAAUACUAAAGUGUUCCACUCACUUUCAGUUAAUCACUGAAGCAUGCUUAUCAUUGGUCAGAAGUUUACAUAUCAGCUUGCCUUAGUUUAGGAACUUGUUAGCAAAUGCCUGUGACAUCUUUGGUGUUUGUUCAUAUGGCACCUUGAAUGAAGUUCUGUUAUUCUCCCUUGGUACCUGCUAAAGAUUGUUCUUGAAUUCCACUGAAACAAUGUUUUGUGUAUGUUUUUAAUGUGUUGUUCUCUUCUGACUGUGAUAUGCAAUAAAUUAUUAAAUUUGUUUCAUUUUCA